CAGAUAACUUCUGAAUUGUGAAGGUCUUCUGUGAGAUUGAUGCAUUGAUGGAUUCCAGGAUGGCCAUACGUGUGAUUUUGUUACUAACACUUUUUACUGGGCUGUGUGUUGCUAAUUUGAAAGGCAAUAUUGCUCUUAAUGCCAGGGUGGUGCAGUCCUCCUUAGGCCACUCACAGGGAGAUGCUGAACAUGCAGUAGAUGGAAACAGAGACGCAAAUUACGCGAAGGGCUCAUGUUCCUACACUAAAGCUGAGUUUAACCCAUGGUGGAGAGCUGACCUUGGAAACAUCUACAGUAUAAGCAAGGUUGCCAUCACUAAUCGUGGAGACUGUUGCAAAGAGCGACUCAGAGGAGCUCAGAUUCGUAUUGGUAACGAGCUGGAGAACAACGGAAACAACAAUGAGCUGGCUGCAACUGUUCUCACUGUUCCUAAUGGCACAGUAGCGUUUGAGUUUGAGCCUGUUAACGGCCAAUAUGUCAACAUUUUUUUACCUGGGAACGAUGAAUACCUUACUCUGUGUGAAGUCGAGGUGUUUGCAGAAAAGGACAAACCAUUGUACACUUGUGUUCCAAGGAAUCUUGCUCUUGGAGGCAAAGCUGUUCAGUCUUCCACAUACAGUGAUUUAGGAGCUGCUCAAAAUGCUGUCGAUGGCAACAGGCAGUCAAGUUACGCACUCGGCUCAUGCAGCGUGACUAACGGGGACAUGAACUCCUGGUGGAGAGUUGACUUGUUGGACGUCUACAGGGUAACCAGGGUUAGCAUCACUAAUCGUGGAGACUGUUGUGAAAAAACUGUCGAGGGUAUUCAGAUCCGUAUCGGCAACAGCCUGGAGAAUAACGGCAACAAUAAUGAGCUGGCUGCAAUUGUUGGGCCCAUCCCACUUGGAAACACCAAAACAUUUGAGUUUAAGCAUGUUAUGGGGCGAUAUGUCAACCUUAUUGUGCCUGGACGCAAUGAAUACCUCACACUGUGUGAAGUUGAGGUAUAUUCAGAUUAAGUGGAACAAGAUGAUGUUACACCACAGUCCACUGAUCUUCUGAAACUACUGUUUUCUGAGCAAUACUAAUAUUGCACCUCUUUUUCAUUGUUUUCAUUUUACUUAUGCACCUUGAUCCUUCCUCCAGGGGAUUUGUAUUUACACCUUAAACACUCCUAUUAUUCUUUAUCUUUGCUUUCUACAUUAAUA